AUGACCUUUCUUAUCAACAUUGAUGGGAAGUCAUACACAGUUCAUCUGAAGCAACAAUCACUUUUAACUAAUGAUUUCCGAAUUUAUACAUAUGAUAGUCGAGGGAUUCUGAGGUCUUCUGCCUCUUCCAUCAAGCGGGAUUGCUACUACCAAGGAUAUGUUGCAGAUUACACGGAUUCAGUUGUGAUGCUCAGCACCUGCUCUGGGCUCAGAGGGCUGUUGCAGUUCCCAAACAUCAGCUAUGGAAUCGAGCCCAUGGAGUCUGCACACGGGUUCCAACAUCUCCUUUAUCAAGUGAACUAUGGUAACUCAAGCUUUCCGAUUACUACCAACAAUUAUUACAUUAAGUGGACCACAGCAUUGAUUCAAAAGAUCAACAUAGGAGUACCGGCUAAUUUCAGCACCCAGCGAUACCUGGAAAUGCAUAUCGUAGUAGCCAAGGCUCUGAUGUUCUUCAAACUCAACACAAAAAUUGUACUAUCCUCUUUGGAGAUCUGGACAGACAAAGAUAAAAUCCAUACGACCAGGAGAAUGAGUGAAUUGCUGCAAAGAUUUACAGAGUGGAAACAUUCCCAUCUCAGUCUGCGACCCCACGAUGUGGCAUUCUUGUUUAUCUACAGGGACCAGUCUGAUUCUGUGGGGUCAGCCUUUGCAAGGAAGCUGUGUGUCAGACCGACCUCUGCAGCAGUUGCUGUGUAUAAAAAGGGAUACACGCUGGAGAACUUUUCCGUGAUUGUUGCACAGCUGCUGGGGAUCAGCCUUGGAAUGUACUUUGACAAAUCAAGAGGCUGCUACUGUCCUGGUUCCGCUUGCCUAAUGCAUACUAGAGCAGUAGAAGCCAGCGGCGUGAAGGCCUUCAGCAGCUGCAGUGUAAAAGACUUUCAGAGUUUUCUGGCGCAUGGACAGGGGCAAUGCCUCCUGAACAAACCACGGCUGGAUGUCCUGUUCAAAGCUCCCACCUGUGGCAACGGAAUUGUGGAGGAUGGCGAGCAGUGCGACUGUGGUACUGAUAAGAUAAAGGAAAAAGGUGUUUUAUGCAGAGCCACCCCUGACCAGGACUGUGACCUGAAAGAAUACUGCAAUGGCACCUCUACAGAAUGCACAGAGGAUUUUUAUGUCCAGGACGGGCAAAUGUGCGAGGGACACACUGGGGUUUGCAUGAAAGGAGUAUGCCAAAGUUCUGAUCGAUGGUGCCGAAAAGUGUUUGGAAAAGGUAACAGAAAUGCACCAUCGCAGUGCUAUGAAGAAAUUAACAGCCAGAGUGACCGGAUGGGACACUGCGGCUCCUCUGAGAAGGGAUAUCAGAACUGUCAGUGGCAGGAUCUCAAGUGUGGCAAGUUAAUUUGUGAAUAUCCACAUAACAAGCCUUUCCUUAUUGAAAAUGCAGCGGUGAUAUAUGCAAGAGUGAAGAAUCGCUGGUGCAUCACGUUAGACUACCAGAAGGGGAAAGGCGUGAAGGACCCCUUCUUGGUUCAUGAUGGUACUGGCUGUGGGCGCAACAAGGUGUGCAACAACAAAGGAAAUUGUCACUGCUAUAGGGGCUGGGCCCCACCUGAUUGCAAGACAAAAGAAUCUGGAGGCUUGGGAGGAAGCAUCGAUAGCACCUUCCGAAGUGGUUAG